AAUAUUUGCUUUUCUUUGUUAAUUUUUCACUGCUUUUCAUUCACCAGAAAAGCAAAACAAAGAAAAUGGCUGUCGCUUUGCCAUCAUUUCUCACAGCUAUAAUGAUUAUGAGCCGUUUGAUGGCCUUCAUAGGGAUAACAAGGAAUAAUGAUAUGUCCUCUAAACUCCAAGCCCUUGAUAUUGCACCCAAACUCUCUUAUGAUCCUUCAGCCAUUGAAUCAGCCUCUCAAGAUUUUGGUCACAUAGUAAAAGCCGUUCCCCAAGCUGUUUUUCUCCCUUCUUCCCCUUGGGACAUUGCUUCCCUUGUAAAUUUCAGUUACAGAAAUUCGGUUCCUUUCAUAAUAGCAGCCAGAGGGAACAGCCACUCCGUCAAUGGCCAAGCCAUGGCAAAAAACGGGGUCGUUAUUGACAUGACGUCAAUGAAGAACGGGAAUGGAACCGGAAUCAGAAUCGCGAGUGACGGGUCUUAUGCGGAUGUUGGCGGCCAACAGUUUUGGAUUGACGUGCUGAAUGCGACAUUGGGACUUGGGCUUACGCCCGUUUCCUGGACAGAUUAUUUGUACUUAACCGUAGGUGGAACGCUCUCCAAUGCCGGAAUCAGUGGACAAACCUUUCGAUACGGUCCUCAGAUCAGUAACGUUUAUGAAAUAGAUGUUAUAACAGGCACAGCUGAUUUUGUGACUUGCUCUCCAAACAACAACUCCGAUCUCUUCUAUGCUGCUCUUGGAGGUUUAGGCCAGUUUGGUAUAAUAACAAGAGCUAGGAUUCCACUUGAGCCAGCACCAAAACGGGUUAAGUGGGUACGAAUGUUGUACACUGAUUUCUCAGAUUUUACUAGAGACCAAGAGCUUUUGAUCUCCAAGAAUGGAAGGAAUGACAAUAAAGCACUAAAUUAUUUGGAAGGUUCACUUCUACUGGAUCAAGGUUCUUUAGAUAACUGGAGAUCCUCCUUUUUCCAACCCCAAGAUCAACCCAAAAUUAUCUCCUUGAUAACCAAAUUUCGCAUUGUUUACUGUCUUGAAAUUGUCAAGCACUAUGAUGGUCAAACCAAAACCACUGUGGACAAGGAUCUGCAGCAGCUUCUGAAAGGCUUGAGCUACUUGCCUGGAUUUAUGUUCGAAAAAGAUGCCAAAUAUGAGGAGUUCUUGAAUAGAGUCCAUAGUGAAGAGCUGAAGCUUAAAGCAAAAGGACUAUGGGAUGUUCCACAUCCAUGGUUGAAUCUUUUUAUACCCAAGUCCAAGAUAUCAGAUUUCAAUGAUGGUGUUUUCAAGAGCAUUGUCCUUCAAAGAAACAUUACUACUGGACCCGUCCUUGUUUACCCCAUGAACAGAAAAAAAUGGGAUGAUAGGAUGUCAGCUGUUAUACCAGAUGAAGAAAUUUUCUACACAGUGGGGUUAUUGCAAUCAAGUGGAUUUGAUGAUUGGAGAACUUUUGAGGCUCAAAAUAAGGAAAUAUUGCAGUUUUGUGAAAAGGCUGGCAUCAAGGUUAAGCAGUAUCUUCCUCACUACACAACUAAGGAAGGUUGGGUCAAUCACUUUGGCUCAAAAUGGAGCACUUUUCAGAAGAGAAAACUUCAGUUUGAUCCGAAAUUGUUAUUAUCUCCAGGGCAGAGAAUUUUCAAUAACAAUGAAUAAAGCCCUAAUUAGGAGAAUAAGUUUAAUGGUAUUUAAAAUCCCUUUCCUGGAAUUUUUAGAGGAAAUGAUAUUUUUAGCAUAUGCAUAUAUUUCCCCGUU